CUUGUCAGGAGAAAAAGCUCGUCUAAAAAGUGGGUCUUUAACCUAGAUUUAAAAAGGCCUGGAUUAGUGAUGGUGCAGAUGUCAAGGGGCAGGCUUUUCCACAUCCUGGGGGCAACAACCGCAAAAGAUCGAUCACUCGACCUUGGAACUUGCAGAAGAAGCUGGCCGGAAGAAUGAAGAGCCCAGCCAGGGUUACAGAAUGAUAAAAUCUAUUUAGUGUGGAGGAACCAGAGACAAAGUGAGAGAAGGUGAGAAGAUAUUUUCCACAAUGCACAUUAUGUUGGCAAAGAGGUACCAACCAUGCAAGUUAAAGGAACAAAACUCCUGUCAAAUAAAAACAUGACUGACAAAUAAUCUACUACUGUAAAGGAGGAACUUGACGUGUUCUCCUCUUGCACACGAAACUCAACGUUUUGGGGACCAUGGAUCAACCUCUGCUUCAAAGAGAUACGGGGAGAGGUUGUUGCUCCUGCAGAAUGCUAAAGCAAUGGCUGCCCAUACUCUCUUGGCUACCCAAGUACAACUUUAAAUGGCUUCAGAUGGAUCUCCUUGCUGGCCUCACUGUCGGGCUUACAACUGUCCCGCAGGUCUUGGCCUAUGCAGAAGUAGCAGGCCUUCCUGUGGAGUAUGGGCUCUACUCUGCCUUCAUGGGAGGCUUCAUCUACGCCCUGCUCGGGACAUCUAAGGACGUGACGCUGGGUCCCACCGCCAUCAUGUCGCUACUUUGCUUCUCGUUGGUGGGGGGUGAGCCCCGCCGUGCCGUUCUGCUUAGCCUCCUGUGUGGAGUCAUCCAGGCUGCACUGGCAUUACUGAGAUUAGGCUUCCUCUUAGACUUCAUCUCAUUCCCCGUUAUAAAAGGCUUCACUUGUGCUGCGGCAAUUACCAUUGGCUUUGGCCAGGUGAAGAAUAUCCUGGGACUCCGCGAUAUUCCCCACGAGUUCUUCCCUCAACUUUACUUCACAUUUCACAAGAUCUCAGAGGCCCGAAUAGGCGAUGUGGUCCUUGGUGUGCUAUGUAUAGCGUUGCUUGUGAUGUUGAUGACAAUGAAGGCAAGUCUAGGAUCUGACAAUGAUGCUACCAGGUUCUCCAUUGCGGCUAGAAAAUUUGUGUGGGCUGUUUCUACAAUGCGUAACGCCCUCAUAGUCAUAGCCGCAUCUUUUUGCGCUUUUUCCUGGGAGGCCUUUGGCCACCAUGUCUUCACAAUCACUGGGGAAACCUCCCAGGGUCUGCCACCUUUCAGUCUGCCGCCUACUACAGACACCACAGAGAAUGGCACUGUGGUAACGUUUGGAGAGAUUGUAGAGGGCUUUGGGGGAGGUCUUGCUGUGAUUCCUUUCAUGGGACUGCUGGAGAGCAUUGCAAUUGCAAAAGCAUUUGCCAGGCAGAACAAUUACAGAAUAGAUGCCAACCAGGAACUGUUAGCAAUUGGUGUGACCAACAUCAUGGGCUCCUUUGUGUCAGCCUACCCUGUCACUGGCAGUUUUGGAAGGACUGCAGUGAAUUCUCAGACUGGGGUUUGUAGUCCAGCUGGAGGGAUUGUCACAAGUGUGAUAGUGUUGCUCUCUUUGGCGCUUCUCAUGCCAGCCUUUUACUACAUCCCAAAAGCUUCUCUUGCUGCUGUUAUCAUUUGUGCGGUCGCUCCCAUGGUUGACUAUCAUGCCGUGGCAAAGAUGUGGCAGAUACACAAGCUUGACCUCCUUCCCUUCAUUGUGACAUUCCUGAUGAGUUUCUGGCAGGUUCAGUAUGGAAUCAUAGGAGGUGUAGCUGUAUCUGGAGCAUUACUGAUGUACACGCUGGCUAGGCCUCGAAUAAAGAUGUCUAAUCCAGGUGUACUGCUAAUCCAGUUGGGCAGUGGGCUCAGUUUUCCUGCUGCAGAACAUCUGAGCCACAUCAUACACACUGAAGCGCUACAGGUGUCUCCUCCACGGUCAGUAGUAUUGGAUUGCCAUCAUGUCAGUGUGAUAGAUUACACAGUGAUCAAUGAGUUGAGCGACUUGCUGAGGCAAUUCAAACACCAAGAUCUGCUUCUGAUCCUUUCCAGAUUGCAGCCAAAUGUCUUAGAGAUUCUUUUAGCCGCGGAUCUGGAGGACUUUAGAUAUGCUGACACCAUUGAGACAGCACUGCAGUGGGUUAAGGAAACCCCGAUAUUUGAUGCAGGACGUGUACAGCCACUCUCUGAGGAGGAGGUUGUUGCUAGGGCACAAUGAACUAAAACUAAAUGGAUGUCACAGAAGUGGUGAUAUCUUUAGGUGCUAACUGUACUUAGCAGGGUACUAGUCAUUUUCUGUCACUGUACCACUGCAACUUUGAAAAUCAGUGAAUUCAAUGUGACUGUGGUAACCUUAGACCAAAUAUGUAAUUGUUUUUUGUUCUUAUGAGGUUUUUUUUUUUUUUUUACAUGAGUUUUUUUUUUUUUUAAUAUAAAUUUCCUGAGCAGUUUUAUCUCAACUAAAUAAAAACCAAUAUAACUAAUGCCAUUUUUAGUUUUUGCUCUUUAGUUUUAUUUUGACUGAACUGACCUACUAAACUACACCACUGAACAAAAAAAAAAAAAAAACUUUUCCCUUCUUAUUUAUAUUUGUUCACCCGUCAAAAUGACAUGGCUUACUGAAAAUACACGUUUGUUUUACUCAGUGGUUUUGACAGCACCUCUCUAUCGUAUCUUGAGUAAAUACUUGUAAUGUGUUUGGAUUGUUCUGCGAAGAGGAUGUUUUUUUUUAAGUAUUAUAAGUCAUACGUUACACUGUGAUUUAUUGAUCGGUAUUAUUUUACUUCGACUAUAGUUAAAGUAAUACUAAGCAUUAGUAUUA